UAGGUCGUUUCGGGUUUCGGCGCAUUUCAGUUGAUUUCCGGCCGCAUUUCUCGUUCGGAGUAUCGUGGGCUCGCGCGAAGUCUGUGUUGUUUGCGUUAUAGUUGAUUUACGGAUCGCGAGUGGACAAUCGAACAAAAAGUUGAACAAAAAGUGCGCGGAUCAGAAGCACGUCAUCGCGGAACGUGUAAAUACGUGCGAGAAAUCUUCGCAUAUAUAUAUAUAUAUAUAUCUAGAAUAAGACGUAGAGAAAGAGAGGAAGAGAAAGAGAGAGAGAGAGAGAGGGAAAGAGCAAGAGCGAGAACGCAAGACUGCAAAAAUGUCAGAGAUUGACGCAAAAGUGAAUAUGUCGCUCGAUGAAAUCAUAAAGAUGGAGAAAAAGGAGAAAAAGAAAAAGAAUGCGGCGGCGAAUGGAAAAAGCGGCGGUCCCAAACGCAAUCGUGGUGCUAUAAGAAGCCGAGCCGGAUUUAGAGGGAGAGGCGCAAGAAUCAAACGGGGCAAUGUCGGAGUCAUCAUGAAGAAACAGCAGCAGCAACAGACUUGGCAACGCAAUGCGAAUAAUACGAAUAACAUUCGCGGUUUCGCCAAGAAUCGCUUUAAGAAGAAUCUCGGCAAUCUCACGAGAUCGCGCAGCAAUUUGAGUUUGAACCAGAAAACGAACGCGAGAGGUGCGUUCAAUGUGCGCCGUGGCAGAGGCAAUAGAUUCUCCGGUUUGACUCGUAGCAGAAGUCGCACUAAUCUAACGUUCAAUCAGGGCGGCUUCUUUACGAGUAACAAGAGUCCGUUAAAAAGAACGAGCAGUUUGCCCAAUCUACGAGAUCCGAAUUCUGUCCAUAAUCGCUUGGGAUAUCAAAGUCCCGCUCAGAUUGCCUAUCGGAAUCGUGUGAAACGCGCGAAGCAGCUGCUGUUACAGAGACAGAAUCAAAGGCUGAACUUGCAGAAUCAAUUCAGACUGGCACAGACCGGACAAAAGACUCUACUCUCUAUGCAACCAAGAACUUUGGGAAGGCAACAGAUAUUAACGUCGCAACGUCGCUUCACAACCGGUGGACUGCGAUCCGAUCAAAUCGCUCGUGCGCAGAGACGGGCGCAAUAUGAACAAAAAUUGAUGAGAAUGAACUCUGCCCGAUUAACUCCCACUCCAAAUGUCAACUUCAUGUGUACAUUGGGAAGCGAGUACACACCUACCGCCACACGUCAACGAUCACUCGCUCAGAGUCGACACACUGCGACCAUUGGUAGCAUGCGACAACUGCCCAGAGGACGUUCGCCAUACAGACAAAGCGCACAGGGUGUUAAUAUGGUUGGUCGAGCACCAUUAUUUGGCCGACAACGCUCGAGAUCAAGGUCACGAUCACGUUCAGGCACGCACAACACAACCACAUCCGAUUCCAGUGGAGACGUCGAUGAUCGCAGAUUCAGCGAAGUUAUGUACAGCUUAUCGGGAAAUCUUGGCGUUACAGGGCGAACUCUUAAUGAUCGGUUUAGCUUUUAACUAGUAUAUCGAAAACUUUAUAUUGAAAGAUUUAUUGAUAAUCUAUUAAUGAUAAUUUACUGGUAAUAUCAAAAACAAAGAGAGAGUAACUUUUGUUUUUUAAUAACAUAGAUAAAAAUGUUUCUUUUUCUAUAUAAACAUUAUUAAUAACAAUGCAAUGCGCGCAAUGCAUUAAUUAACACAUCAUAGUCUGCUUUUUUCUUUAUUUUAAUGCAAAAAUUUAAAGCAUCGCUUUUUAGCAUUUGCACUGUUAUGUGUACAAACUAUUUGUAGGAAAUAUCACGAAAGGUAGCACUUUCAUCUGAGAUGUAUGAUAAUAAUACAUAUGGAUAGUAUGAAGAGGGAUUUUCAUCUAUCAUAAUUAAUGAAAUCUCGAUUUUUAUCUGUGUGCAAUACCUUUGUAAAAUCUUCAGUAUUUUUUAUUACAUAAAAUAUAGGAAGGAGAAGUAUGUUAUGUUUAAAUACGUAUAAUAACAUACACAGAGUGAAGUGAGAAUUUGUUGAGAAAAUUCGAUAUUUAGGAUGAAAGUAAAUCUUUAGUGUAUAUUACACUUGAAUGUGUGUAUAAAAUAGAUUGCUAAUAUCUUUUGAAUGUACUUUCUUCUUGCUUUAAAAAAUAUAUAAAUCUUGACUACUGGGGUUGUUUUCAUCUUUUCAAACUGAUAGCGUUCUGUUUGAUUGAAUUAAAUAUAAAGCUAUACAUGCGCACACA